GCGGCGGCCUGUGUGUAUACACUCGGCACUCUCGGACGCAAACGGUACGAAGAGGUUAGACUUAGCAGAAGUCGUAUGCGUGGCCGGAUCACAAGACAGCUCUACGAGACUGAAUAAUUUCGGAUUUCGAGAGUUACGCCCGGCGGACAGAAUCGAUGCUGUCGUUGCGCUCGCUGCGUUCGCGGCGCAAAAACACGGGCUCGUGUAACAGUUUCGUGACGUGUCUUCACGGCGGUCGCGUGGCUUGUCGUUUGGCAGACAAAUCUACAUGUCUGUAUCAAGAUAUAUAAUAUUUAUUCCAAAUUGUUGCCUACCACUUCAUUGAACAGAAAUGGUAUAAAUCAAUUAUGAUACGUCAUUAUUAUGAGAAAACAGAAAAGAAGAGUGAUAAGACAAUUGGUGGUAUCUUCGAUUAAGAGAAUUAUAAAAAUAUGCUAGAUGCUCUGCUCUACCAAGCACAAUGUUUAAAUUGGAAUCCUAUAUAACACCAGUGAUUCUCAGCUAUGUAGAGAAAUAUGUAAAAAAUUUUAAACCAGAACAGUCACAGGUGUCCUUGUGGGGUGGAGAUGCAUCGUUUCAGAAUCUGGAUUUACGAUUGGAGGUAUUGGAGGAACAACUUAAUCUUCCAUUUGUCUUUGUUAGUGGCCAUAUACAUGAAUUGUUGAUACAUGUUCCUUGGGUAAAAAUUACAUCUGAGCCAAUAGUUGUUACCAUUAAUACCAUAGAGUGCAUUUUAAAAUUAAAAGAUGAGAAUACCACAGAAACUAAUACAACGACAUUACAAAAGAGGAAGGAAACUGUGCAAGAGGAAGCUCCACCUGGAUACAUCAAGAGCGUAGUUACAAAAGUUAUUAAUAAUAUUACCAUUCACUGCAACAAUCUCAUCUUAAAAUAUGUUGAGGAGGAUAUUGUGCUUAGCAUAAAUGUCAGGUUUUUAAGUAUGCAAACUGUUGAUAAUAAGUGGGAACCAGCGUUUGCAGAGGUCAACACCCAAGAAGUAAUGCUUAGGAAAGUUGUUACUAUUCAAGACUUGACAUUGUGCUUAGAUAAAAUGGAUGCAUCGGGAAAGAUAGAGAUAUAUCAGGAUCCCGUUUUAUAUCGAUGUUCAAUGACAAUCAGAAUGAUUAUAAACUAUCAUAAUAAUAAUUCGAAAAGAGCAUCCAUCACAAGGCUUGAUCUUCAUUGUGAAAAAAUGGAAUUUAGUAUGACUGAACAACAAGUACCAAUGCUCCUGAGACUGAUUGCCUUAGUAAUGGCGUUGCAAACAAAGCAAUUUCCACCGAGCAAGGAAAAAUCUUCUAUCACUGUGGAUGAGAGAGAAGAUGUUGCACAAGAUGAUACAAAUCAAGUAAUAGGUACAUCCACAGACGCAGUUGGAUGGGGUGGGUGGGCUUGGGAUAUAAUGUCAUCUGUUCUACCUGUUGACUGGGACAAUAAUUGGUCUGUCGAGCAACAAAUGGCAUAUUCUGGUCAUAUCAUACAUUUAGGUGUUUAUAUAGAUGACGCUACUUUAACAUUUAAGACUGUUGAAAGUGUCAAAGAGCAGUUAUUUUAUAAAUCUCGAAAACUUAGAUACAAAUCCUUUUUAUCACUUCGGUUGAACGGAGUUGUGAUAGAUACUUUAAUUCAAGGCAUUUCAAUGACGACUUUCCAAGUCGGAGUAGCGUGUGUACAACUUUAUCCACGAGGAACGUGCAGCUGCGGUCAUAUAGAAGUUGCUGACGGUGUACAGCCGCCUCUUUACGUAACAGCUGGGAACUUGAAUACUGAUCACUUGAAGGAUUCAUUGUUUGACGUAGAAGCUGCGGAAAAUAAAGGGAAGAAAAGGGAUUAUAGGCAAGGAAUAGAUCAUCACUUAACAACAGUUUCAAUUGAAAAAUUAUUAGAAAGAUGUCCAGCGUUUGUGAUGGAUUAUGUUUAUUAUGUGGAAUUACCUGACGACAUAACGCCGGAAAAAUUACUCGAAUUUGGAUCAAAUUUUGAAUACAGCAAUUUUCAGGAACGAAGAGUAGUAAGAUAUGUAGCCGGAGAUCUCACAAUCAGAUUAUGUUCUGGUAUUUUUCAUCGUAUUGAUACCAUCAAACUAGCUGCCGCAAAAUACGAUUAUAAUCCUUAUCUUGUAAUAAAACCAGAUCCUCUUAUCGAUGAAUUACCUCCCGUUACGUUGGAAGAGUACGAAGCGCUCAGGGAAAAUGUAUCAAUGACGGAAACAAAAUUUGUAUUAAAAAGAGCAUCGCUACAACUACAAUUGGUGGACCAUUGCAUCACAGGAAUGCCGCGACAACGUAAAGUAAUCGAAACUCGGAUUACACCAUUAUCUCCAGCCCUUACAGACGAUCCUUUUGUAAGCAUUGAAUGCGACGAAGCGAUUGCCACUAUAGUACAGCCUAUGUAUCCAUUUAGACUCGUAACUUGUGCAUCAAAGUUAACAGAACUAUCGCCAGAAAUGUUUAUUCAGUGCCAUGCGAUUACUGAUAUACAAGUGAUUGGAGUAAAAAGUCAGCUCCACUUAACGAAAACAUGCGACACUUCGAUAGUAAUGCCUUACUCGGUGGAAGCCUCUUUAAAAAUAUUAUUGUAUCCUCAAUAUUGGCGAGACAUAGACAUGAUUCAAAAAUCAUAUUCUUUUCGCUCGGAUAGUAUUACUAUCACGGGGACUAAGGCGAAAUUAAUGGCUGCGGCGGCUAUUAUAACUUCUGUUUUUAAUCCUGCAGAUACAACGAAUCCACUUAUCUGUUCUACCCUUUUUAACGAUGCCUGUCAAGAAAAAUGUCCAGUGUACUUAGAGUUAUAUCUAGAAAAUAUAAAUUGCAAGAAUGUAUCGUCUUCAGUUACGAUAUCGAACGAAGUGAAUGUAAAUUCUAUAAAAAUAUUUGCUUUCAAUGAUUCUCAGCAAGCUUUUAUUCUUUCGGGUCCAGAAAAUCAUGACAGCAGCGAGGCCGGAAAUGUACCGCUGUUGUCUGCCGUAGUACAGUUUCCUAAAAGCAUUGAAACGCAAACACACCCGUCUCUCGUUUCGUUUAAAAUUUCUGAGAUCAGAGCUUCCUUAGAUCCACUUUUCUUCGAAUGGCUGGAAUAUCGUGCCUCCUAUCAUAAAUCGGGAAGUGUACAUAUACGUUCAGAUAGCCAGCAAAUGAUUACUGAAGGUACAUCGUCUGAUACUGGUACGCGAAAAAAGACAUAUCCGAGUCUACACGAAAGCGUGCACAGUUCAUCAGACAAAGAGAAAAAGAGGUCGGCUGUGACAGAAAAAUCGAAAACGCUACGAAAUGAUGAUAUGCAAAAGAAAAGUGAAUGUAAAAUGGAAGAGGAACAACAGAAAUCGGAGAUAUUGAUCAGAUUGGCAGAGACAUAUUCGUGGUGGUACAGUCUCGUGCUAAACGGUUAUAUAGGACAUAUUAUCAUUUACAUUCCAUCUGAUACAAUGAGCGGCAUUGGGGCUAAUGGCAUAGAACAAGCUAAAGACAGAGCCUUGGUAGAAAAUCAAAACCUACAAGUAAUAAUAAUAAAACUGCCAAGUCUUCUUAUACAUUCAUCUAAUCUGAGUGCUGAGAUGCUAAAUCCAUACUUACAGACUCUCCCUGUUAAAUUACCGGAAUCUAUGUGGACAUAUCGAAUGCAGAGUUUUCCAUGGAUAUUAAGUCUUAUCGAUUUUCAUUGUUACACGUUGCAGCAGCAAACACAAAAGAACUUUAUAAAGAAAGUUACGUUAAACGCUACAGUAGCUCUUACAACCAAGAUAGCUGCGACUGAGUUGAAUACACUUACCGCUUUAAGUGUUUGUGUACAUAUUGAUAAUUCGCCUAUUAUUAUUUCACUUUCAGAGGACCAGGUUAUAUUUAUGAGCAAUAUAGUUUCAAACAUUAUAAGAAUAUUACAAACAUUAUGCGAUUCCCGACAAGACAACGUAAUUAUACCACAGAUGAACAACGAAAUGCAAAUUGUUCUGCCCGCUAUACCUCAAACUCCGUCCACUCCGACUCAAAUAAUGUAUCAAGAAGACACUACCAAUUCAACCAUGUCUACGUCGAAAGACGAUCUGGGAUGUGAAAAAGAUGGCUUAAUUGUAACGGCAUGGAUUCAAUGGACCAUAACGAAGGUGGCAAUUAAAUUAUAUAUUAUGGGACGAGAAGAUACACCUUCUUUAAAAUUAAUGUUAGAACUGGAAGAUAUUAUAACAUCGUUAGAUUUGCAAUCAGUUUAUAUGCAGUUAAAAAAUAAAAUCACAACGGCUACGAUAUUCCAUUACGUUAGAGGUCCACAUGCAUUAAGUUGGGAUGUUGGUGAAUAUGCUGGAUUGGUACUCUGUGGAAGAGAAGAUAAUUUAGAGAAAGGUGACGAUUCAGGUUUUAUAAGUUUUACACUUACUCGUGCAAAAUCCGGAAAUGUGUACACACGUUGGGGCACUCAAAAGCAUUACAAGCCUCAGAAGAAAGAAUUGCUGGAUUCUACAUUGUCUACGAACGGUUAUAUUUCUGAAGUACUUAUCAAGAUGCAAAUGGUUGAUAUAAUUUUACCGAUUAGUGUGAUUAGCAAAUAUGCUCAAUUAGUGAAACCUUUUACGUGCCUCGGUUCGUCCAUUGAAAAAAGCACAGACUCAAUCCGUAAUAAAAACAUGGCCACACCAUUAGUUGGUAUAACCAAUUUAAAUAAUGAAUCGUUGCCGUUGAUACACCUAGAAUUUAAAGGUUUUCGUCUUAUGAUGCCAGCUUUCACUGAUACGAAUAAAUUACAACACGAUUUACUGAUGCUUCAGUUAGAUGGAAUACGCAUUACACCAGAUGCGGAAAAUCCUAUUUGUAGAAUUCCACUACGAACCGACAUAUAUCAAUUAGCUGCUCGAGCAAAUAUAUUAAACGUACCAGGUUCGGUUGUAGAAGACCGACAGUAUCAAAUUAGUAUUAAAGGAGUGUGUGCGUAUACCACCACUUGGAAGAAUUAUCAGCUGAGCAUUAAUAAGAGAAUGUCUCAAUCAUACCUAUAUACAAUGAAUGAGAAUCCAGCAUUGGAGUGGAAUAAGCUCGGGAAUGGUAGCAGUCUAGAUCCAUACUUUUCAACAUCUCCAGUAUUAACAAAAUUUGAUCUCUGCUUAAUUAUUGCCCCAGCUGUUACAUUUAAAGGAGGUACAAUAGUCUGUGGAAGUGCCAUUGAAGUAAAUUGCAUUACAGACAUAGAAUUGACAAUAAAUUUAGAUCAAAUUAAAUUGAUAUCAACGCUCAAUAAUGAAUUUAUAACGUUUCUGUCCGGAAGUUUUGAGAAGAUAGAUGAUAAAAAUAGUUGUAAUAAUAUAGAUCAAAGAUUUUCAGGAACUCAAAGCAUUAAGCCUAUUAACUGGUUAAAACAGACGUCAGAUGAUUCAGAUAUCGAUUUCACAAAAGAUAGUGGCGUCGAUUUUGAAAUGUCCAGUUUGCAUUCAACAAUAAUUGGAAGACCCACAGUUGAAACUAUGAUACUUUCACCAUUUGAAUUUUUAGUAAAUUGUGGAAAGAUAACGUUUAUUCUGUACGAAGUCCAGAGCACAUUUCUCGAUUUAGAAGAUAACGUUGAUAUACACAAAACUGACUGCGAAGACGAUAAUGACAAUGUAAAACAGCCACUACUUUAUCUAAUGAUCAAUCAGCCAAAUAUUUAUUUCUCUCAGCAACAUUUAUCUAAAAAGAUACAAAUAUCUUGUUUUGACAUAACAACAGCGCUUGGCGAUGCACAAACUCUAAAUACGAUACCGACCGAAAAGAAUUUUAAAAUUUAUAUGAUAGAAACAAAGCAUGGUGAUCCACAUCCAGACACGGGUAUCCCACCUUCUUUUGCAACAGUAAAAUCUGAAAUGAUUCUAGGCAAAAGCCGCCAGUUUUUCAUUGAAAUGGGACGACCGGCAAAAGUACAUCUUUCUUUAUCUCGGCUCAAUCAAGUCUAUGAUAUACGGAAUAAGGUGUUAUCGUGUUUUAUUGAUGACGACGUCGCGCAAAUACCUAUAGAGAAGAAGGAAACUACGCAUUUAGAUUCUCAAAAUUUAGUCGCACCGACUAAAUCGAGGAAAUUUAGUAUACCUGAUCUACAUUUAAAUACAAGACAGAUUGUAUUAUCCUUAAAGACUGACACCGGAGCAGAAAUCAUUAUUAGUUUAGCAUCGUUAAACGGAAACCUGUCGACACUUCUAAGACCAGACAGGAUAUAUUCCAAUCUGUCUAUAGAUUCUUUCAUUGUGUCUGCUAUCUUAAACGGGAACAUUAAGGUUCUAUUAAAUCCAUGGUGUUGCAAUGUAACAACUUGUUUACUUUGGGAGUCUUCGUACAGUAGCGAAAUCAUUCCGCAAAUACAAAUACAGGCAGACAGCGAAAGUUUGUAUCUCGAUUUUGGGCCGGAUCAGAUAAAAAUUAUGAAAAUGGUCAUGCAAGAUUGCCAGUUAUUCUUAAAUGAGUUUGCCUCGUUAUCUACGAGCGAAAAUAAAAACGAAAAGCAAAUUGUGCUAUCGACUGAACAACAUUACAAAGAUGAUCUGAAGGCGGGUGCGUUCCAGUUCGUCGAUGGCACUGCAGACGAAUUACCUUUUCCGUAUCAAGUGGUAUUUUUUGUUUAUCCUCAACAGGCAAUGGCAUGGAGAUACCCCCAACCUCGUAUGUUAACAAGGAUACACAUAUCUCCUGUUCCAUUUGAGGCAGCGGAUGCCGACGACAAUUACAUCGACAAGGUUCCCUGCGUUCUCGAAUACUGGAGCGACAGUCACAUGGCAUACCAACGUUAUGCCGAUUUUUAUUUAUCGGAAACGGAUUCUUACCGAGUAGAUUUGCCGGAGAAGGCACCGGCGCGAGCAGUAGCUUGUGUAUGGCGUGUUGUUAUUCUAUCCAACGGCAAGCGACCGCUUUCGAAAAGCAUCAUUUCCGCUCGUGCACUCGCCGCCUGCCUGCGCAUCGAUUCCUACUUUAAUCCUUUGUUAAUACCAAAUGUACAGGUUGCUUUAAAUAUCGGCGUUCUGCACAUAUCUCUGUACAAUCAUAUCGAUACAACUGUAUAUAAUAAUUUACCGCCACCUCUGGAUAAGUAUACUCUGAAUGGAAAAAUUCCAGAGAUACAAUGUUUCAUGUCUGUGGAACAGAAAGGAGCUGUUUUAGUGUUCAAUAAAUGGAUAGAUGACUCUAUACUGUUCGACAUCGGCGGCAGCCUGAGCAUACAUGUAUUAGAUUACAGUCAUUUAACAAUGCAGGAAGUACUAGACUCCCUAGAAGGAAGAUUUCAGCUGUCGUUGUCAGAAAAGAUAGAUUCUUCAUUAACGUGCAAUCCGUUCACAUUGAAAUUAGGACCAGCGAUAACGCACACUCUUGCAGUUUCCACUCAUUUGUGGCUGGCAUCUUUCGACGAGGAAGAAAAGAGCGUGAUUAUCCUAACGCGUUAUGUAAUUGCUAAUGAUAGCAAUAUACCUAUACGCUUUGGUCAAAGUAGCACUGGAGACAAUAUACUUCUCGAAAGCAGACAAUGUAGCUUUUACUCUUGGCGACAAAUCGGCAAUCAAAUGAUACGGAUAUCGAUCGAGGAAAACAGCUGGAUAUGGAGCCGGCCUUUCCCCGUUAACAAGGAUGGAGUUCAAGUGAUAGAAUUCAAUAAUUCAAUAAUUAGCACGGCGAUCUUCGUAAACGUAACGUCGCUUUCCGCCACACAGAAACUCGUAACGUUCUCAGGACAACUAGUGAUUUCCAAUCAGUUAAUAGAUAACUUCGAGAUGAGAUUGGUAAAGUACGAAGAAGUUGACUCGAAGGUAACAGUUUCCAAGGAAGUGUAUUCCAUACCGGGCAAAAGUUUUCCGUCAUCUAUUGUGCUCGAGAAUAAUAAGAAGAUGGCUAUGCGAUUACGUUUCACCAAUUUGACGCACUUAUCUUGGACCGGAGAUAUUCCGUUGCAACCUAACAUCAAGUGGGGCCAACCGUGGCUCGUCAAAGUACCUUUGCAAGAACGCGGUCAAUUUUUAAGUAUAUGGGUACGAAUCGUGACGCAGAUGAUACACGAUAAAAUGAAAAUUCUAGCGGUACUGAGUCCCCUCUAUAUGAUUAGAUCGCAUCUACCGGUGCCGGUCAAGGUACAAAUGGAAACGCCGUCUCUAAAGAUGUCGUCCAGUACGAUGGUGAACGGUCGCGGCGAUUGCCAACAGCUGUAUUGUCCCGGCACGUUCGAACACUUCCAUCAGUUAACAUUUCAACUGGAAUCCGGGGUGUCCGCGUCGAACCCUUACGUGCCACUUUCGUACAGCUCUGUGGAUCAACGGAAAUUCUUCCGAAGACCUGAUGUAGAAGAUAUCGAUAAAAUUCUGCUAGAGCUCAAGGACAGAAAGGACGAAAUAAAGUGGCCCUUUCAGGGAGACGAGACCGAGGAAUGGAUAUCCGCGGAACAGCCGCAGACGCACGUACAAGUGAAAUACCAGGACGCAGGACUGGUUUCCAGCACUCUUUUACUGGAACUGCAGCCUUGGUGCUUUGUAAUGAACUCGCUGGGUUGUCACAUCUCGUUGGUGUCGGAGGAUACAGAGCUCUGUCAGAUCUCUCACUACGGCAUAGUCACUCCGCCCAAGUUGGAGAGCACCUUUCAUGUGGGUGUCGGAAUUGGCGACACCUACUACACGUCUCCAACGUUGCAAUUGGCUCGACCCGACUGGAGCCAAAGCUUCUACAUGCCUCGAAUCUGUGGUCUUGUGCCGGUGGAGGGAAACAUUAAGACAUUCGUGGACUGCGGCACGAGCGUGUCCAUCCUGAACAUUGGCUCCUCUAUGCACGAGGAUAUGCGCCUGGUUCGGAUCACGAGCAGCCACGUGAUCGCGAAUCUGACGCCUCAAGAACUGUGCGUGGCCAUGCUCGCGGUACACGAGGAGGCGCGAAAUCUUCAAUUACCCCAUGAUCUCACUCCCUACAGCCUAAACAUCUCGCCGUCCGAAGAUCAGCGGCAAGGCACACCAAUCGUCCAGUGGUACACGUUGUACACAGAGAGUAACGUCGAACCGCUUAUAUUGUAUAUAUCUCUCAGCCUCGGUCACAAGUGGUCUUGCCCGAUCAGAGUGGACCAAGCUAUGAGCCGCAAAUCCGUUGUGAUUCCGAACGGUUCCUUUACCACGCCAGUCAUUGUGACAACGCAGGAGGAUAAAGGCAGCACGUUUAUCGUGAUACAUAGUGACGAUCAUCCGCAGUUGUUGAUCGAGAACGCUUGCGGCUUCAAAAUUCUGCUAGGGCAAGCCGACGAGAAAGAAAAUGAGAUAUUAUCAGAUAGCGCUCAUUUCACAUGGAUAUGCGAAGUCGAUAGUGGCGCAAUGUCCCAUUACUCUCUUCCCUGUGCCAGUAACAGACUACCUGAUACUACAGUUCCGAGCACAUCAAACGUGCUGUUAUUUUCCACCAUGCAAAACGAUCAGGCAGCAGAAAAAGGGAAUUUAAAGUGGUCAAGAGGUGUAAAUCUGUCCGCGUUAUCAUCGACACCAAUAGAUCAAUAUCUACGAUUACCCUCGUACGGUGAUGUAAAGCUUAUAAUGCAUAAUCGCUGCUACACUACUCACAUAAGUAUCGUGCCUAUCUCUCAAAUUGAAAUAUCGGCCCAAGACAUCAGGAGCAGAUUACUACGAAAGAAGAACACGGCGAAAGAUUACGAUAUUGCGUUUAAUAAUCCUCCUCCACUGAAAAAAUCGGAAGAGGAUAAGUCAUUGUCAUACAUACAAAGUUCAUCUAGCUCAACGUCACUAACGAGCUUCUUCUCAGCCCAAGAAGAUAUCUUGAUGACGGAACAGAUGCCCACUUCAAGUUCAAAGCAGUUAAUUCCGAAGAUAACGAAAACUUGUACUGACGAGGACCGUUUGAAGUCCACUAGCGACGCUAACUCGACCAAUUCGAAGGAAGGCUCUGCAAUCAUUUACAUGCGUGCAUGUACUAUCGUUAUUCUUCAAGACAUCAAUGAAAAUGCACAAAGGAUCGAAGUCGCUAGCCUGUCUAUGACAGACUUGGUUGUCACCGUGAAUUCAAAAGCCAGAUUUAUUAAUCUCUAUUGCUACAUAGGCGACUUGCAAUUAGAUAAUCAAUUGUUCGAUCAGGGAGGUUUCGAUUUCCCUGUGGUAUUAAUAAAUCAGAAUCCGUUGUUGAACAGAGAGAUGGCAUUUUACAGCAAUAACUGUUUAAUGACAAAUAUGGAAAGGAUCAAACAAGAUUCUUUGGUAGCCAUCGAAUAUGUCUGGGAAAUAAACGGAAAUAUGAUAGCUUCAAAAGAAUAUCGCAUGAAGAUUGCGCCUAUUAGUGCAUACAUUGAGGAUACGUACAUAACGCAAUUAUUAGAUUACGCGACUUCGAUGAUACCACCGCGAUUAGUACUGGAUGAUGGUAUUAGAAAGACACAGCCAAUAGCCGCACUGAACGCAAUGUGCAUACCGGACUACAUCAUGAUUGAUUCGAAAAUCUUAAGCAAACCACUGAGAUUGCAGAACUUUGUGAUAGAACCGCUAUCGAUUUUGUUGAGCGUUCACACUUCUAUGCGACUCUAUAUCGCUCUAGAUCAUUCCCCACUAUAUUUUGGUAUUUUUGAAAGGAAGAAUCUGCUGACCACUCCUUAUAGGCUUGGCAAUGCCCUUACUAUGCAUUAUUUAUCUGGCGCUAUAUUCGGAGCAGGCUGGGUAGUUGGAUCAUUAGAAAUACUUGGAUCUCCGGGAGGUUUGGCGCAAGCACUUGGAUCUGGUCUCAGAGAUUUUGUUUCACUGCCAUUUCAAGGACUGCUGCAAGGUCCAUGGGGUUUUAUCGUCGGAAUUACACACGGAUCUGCCAGUUUAAUGAAACACGUCACAGCAGGUACUGUAAAUUCCGUAACGAAACUGGCGUCUAGUGUUGCACGAAACUUGGAUCGUUUAACGCUGGACGAGGAACAUCUUCAGCGACAGGAAGAAUCGCGCAGAAUGCGUCCUCAAGGCAUGGCGCAAGGACUUUAUCAAGGUUUAACUGGUCUUGGAAUGAGUUUGCUUGCGGCCGUGGCGGGCUUAGCACAUCAUCCUUUGCAGCAAGUAUGGUCGGGCGAGGCAACGACGAAAAGUUUAGUCACUGGAGUUGGACUCGGUCUAGUUGGUGUCGUCACUAAGCCAUUGAGCGGUGCCGCGGAAUUAGUUGCUCUCACAGGUCAAGGAUUAUUACAGGGAGCUGGAUGGAAUUCUUUGCCUACGCCACGUCAAAGACCAAUCGUGCAAUACACUACUGGCAAUAACAGCACAUCUGUACGGUAUACUUGGCGCUUGUCAUCUUUACUUGAUCAUAGUCACGAUAGCAUCCUUCAUGUAACCAGUGCAGACUACGUGAUUCAUCAGGGCAGUAAUCGCGCAGUGACCCUCGUCCUAACACGACAAGCUUUAUUACUAGUUAACUUGGCCGAGGAUAGCGUAGAACGGAUAUUUUCACUGAAAGAUUUGACAAGCGUCGAUCACAUCACAGAAUCGACAAUGCUGUGCUUGUACUGUCCACCGACCGCAAUACAAUUGAGCAGACCGUUAUCGCCAGCCGAACAUGAGAUGAACCAAGAAAUGAGAGCGCGAGUUGAGGAAUAUGUGCGGACGAGCAGCACUGGUUUGGCAAGUGUAUCGACCAACAGCGACAGACAGUCUGAUACCUUCGAAAGAACAUCCCCACAUCCAGAACAUACACUUACAUUUUAUGUUUGCCCAGAUACCCGCAAUUAUUUAUUAUCAUUGUUCAACAUCGCUAAGCGACAAAAUCAAGGCUCCGGUUUCGCCGUUUUGUAAUCAAAUGCAUUUCCAGGCGAUUAUAAUUAAAUAUGUACAAUGACUGAGAAGAUAUUUCAAAUAUUACUGUAUGUCGAAUCAAAUACAUUCAAAAAAUUCGAUGUCCUUUGAAUAUUAAAGAAUAUCAUGCUUUUUGAAAUAGUAUUUCAAGCUUAUCAGGUUAUACGCAAACAGUAUUAUAAUUAAAAAACUGAAUUAAAGAAAGUAAUUCCAAAAUUUUCGAGUGACAUAAUUAAGAUUCCAAAAUGUUUAUAAUUGAAUGCUUAUCUCUACUUUUAUUAAAAUAUUGCACAAUUGACUUUUUUGUUUUAUAUAGGAAAUUUAUAUUACGAAUUUAAUAAUGUAUAAAUUUUAUUAUAAAUCUAGUAUAUAAGCUGAACAAAGUACAUAAAUUCUGUAAAAUAUUUAUAAUAAUGUUGCUUAUUUAAAAAAUUCAAACGUACAAAUUACAAAAUAUUAUAUGAACUUUAUUUCCAAGUUAUCACAUAUAUGUGACAUAAAAAAAAAAUAAACUUUUAUACGCAUUACACACAUAACCAUAUACAGACACAAUUGUAAUUGCAACACAACUUUACAUAAGUUAUGUUGUACGUGCCAAAAUAUUGUGAGAAAUUCUAUUAUCAUUGAAAUUGUCAUGAAUCGUGUAAUAGUGAUUCAGUGUGUAACAAUAAUAUAUUUUGCAUACUGCGGACAAAAUCUGGUAUGUAAUAAAUCCUAAAAAAUUAA